CGCUGCUGCUUCACAAGGUUGAUGCGGAGGUCUCUAGCGCGCCGAGAAUUUACCGGGUUCGACAAAAUGUUGCGGCCGCGAACGUUGAAAAUCAAACGCCCAAGCUUGAUUGAACUUGAACAAUUUACGCAAGAUGUCGAAGAGGAGCAUCGAUGGAGAUGUUAUUGCGAAUCGGAUGAGUCUCGUGGAGGCAAAGGGGCAGAAGUUCCUGGCAUCACUUUUAGGGCCACAAUCAGAGCCAAAGCAACCAAGCGACGGCGCGAACCAACAAGAUGAACAAAAUGAACACGAAGACCUGAAAGAAAACUUCGGCCAUGACAGGCUUGGCGUAGGAGGCAUACUCCCCAAAGACAUCGCAGAUGGUAGCUUCACUAAGCGUAUCCCAACAUCAAGUGACAAACUACUGGAGCAACUCAUCGGCAAGAAGAGAGCUAAAGCACAUAUCGCUGCGAAGCAAGAAGCUGCAAGACCAAAUGCCAAGGCCCAACGAAACGGAAAGCCAGCAGCUAUGACGAAAGAGGAGAGCGAGGAUGAAGAGGAGGGCCGAGCAGCUUCAUUCAAGUCGAAAAGAAGAAAGGGGGCCGGAAAGAAGUCGGUGGUUGUAGUGAAGAACGAGGAAAGUGACGAUGAGAACGAAGACGAAGAGACGAGGGCGAAGAGGCUAGAGGCGAGUAAGAGUAACGAGGAGUUGAAGGAGGCAACUGCAGACAAGCAGGUCAAAGAUGAACAGGUUAAUGAUGAGCAAUUAGAGCCCGAUGAGGAAAUUGGCACUACAAGUGUAAAGAAGAAACUGCCGAGCAGGGGAAGGACUAGACCAACGAGCUACCUGGACGAGAUUCUUGCAGAGCGAUCAAAGAAGAAGAACAAAAAGAACAAGAGUCUGGCGGAAGAAUGAGUCUCGAAGUGGUAGCAUGAAAUCAGGCGUUAUGUGCUGGGAAGAUACCCCGAUUAGUCCAC